UUUCGUCAAGCGUAUACUCUUGUAUCGGUCUUUUGUCUUUGGCCAGACAGGCUGCCUGUAGGCAUGCGCAGUUGGUAGGUUUUCUGACGUGAAAGUCGCCAUAGAAUCGCCAUUUUCAAAACGCCGAAGCUUUAUUGCGCUGUGAAAACACAGUUUGUCGUUUGAGUUUAAAUAAAGAGACGGAUAAUUUGAAUUACGUUAAAGGUAAAGAAAGCGAUGCUUGCAUGUGGAACUGCAGUGCAGAAUUUCAGUGAAAUAUGGUCUCUCACGAACACUUCAAUUACCUUAUUCUUUGAGGUUAGCUCCUGUGCUAGUUUGUCAGAUAAUGUUGGAAAAGGUUAGCAAGACGGCUUACAGAGAGCCAUGGAACUUCCUAACUACAGCAGACAGCUGAUGCAGCAGUUGCUCUCCCUGAGGAAAGAGGGACAGUUUUGUGACUGCACCAUCAUGGUGGGAGACAACCCCCACCAAGCCCACAAACUGGUCCUGGCUGCUGCCAGUCUACUCUUCAGGUCUCUAUUGGAGGGCUCUGACAGCAUUUCCAUAGACACAACUGUGGUCUCGACCCAGGAGUUCUCCUGCCUCCUGGACAUGGUGUACACUGGAAAACUGCCGCCAGGAAAACACAACUUCACCCGCAUCAUCGCAGCCGCAGACAGCCUGCAGAUGUUUGAUGUAGCGGUGGGCUGCAAGAACAUCCUCACCAGUCUGAUGAAGCGGUCAACUACCACCUCACCCUCAACCACGUCUGUCACCAUCCAGCCACAAGCUACGAAUCUCCAGAGCCAGGGAGCUGAGAUGAUAACCUCUUCUAAAAAAGUUGCCCCUUCCCUAGCUAAGGAUGAGGCCACGGUUGGCCCCUCUGGAGCUCAGGUGAAAAGGGAGCAGGAGAAAGUGGAGGAAGGUGGGGCUUCAGUCGGGGGAGUAGAUAAGGACCCUCAGGAGGUGGCCAAGAAAGAAAAUGAUGUAUCCGCUUGUAAAAGACCUCGACUACAACUCCCAGAAUGCACAGGAUCUGACGAGUCAAAUGCCCAGAGCAGCGUAUCUCCAGUUGGGGAGACCAGUUUGAGUGAGUCUGUAGAGGAGAAGGUCAAGCCGAGUGUGUCGGCAGGGGAUGGGAAUGGAUCCAGCAUAUUUCUGGAGCGCAACUUUGAGCUGAUGGAGCUUCUCACUGAGCUGCCUUCCAUCGCUGGGCUACUGAACCAGGCAGCCAGGACCUGUCUGGGGGAGGACGAGAGAGAAGUAGUGUGUAAGUGCUGUGAGAUUGGAGACCCGGGCCUGACUGUACAGAUGCUGAUGGGGCAGGUCAAAGAGGGGGCUGUGAGUGAGGAGGGCCUGGAGUCCCUGCUCUACACCGUCCAGGAGAUAGCCCCCACUCCUUCCCUCCGACUGAGCCAGCUGCUGGAGUGGAGAGCUGGCGCACUGGACGCUGGAGGCUCAGAGGCGGGAUCACAGGAGACCCAACCCUGUUCCUCCAGCCCUGCAGACGAUCACACCAUCGAGGAAGAGGAAGGCAAGGAGAACAAAGCAGAAGACAGUGUUGACGAGAGAGACCAUGGGGAACCGGCAGAUGACGAGGAUGACGGAGUGAGGAAAACCAAGGCCAAAGCCGCCUCCUCCCAGCCCUACUCCUGUCGCUGGUGCUCCAAGGCCUUCGCCUACAAGUGUCGUCUGUCGGCCCACACCAAGAGCUGCUCCCUGAACCAGGAGGCCAAACAGCGAUGCCCGCGCUGCCCAGAGGUGCUGCCCACUGUGCGGGCACUGCAGCGCCACAGCGCCCACGCUCACCCCGAGGCCGCCCGUGCCAAGAGGAAGGUGGUGUGUGACCUGUGUGGCAGGACCUUCGCCCACCCCUCAGGCAUGCUUUACCACAAGCGCACAGAACACUUUGAGGAGAAGCCGUUUGCGUGCGAGGAGUGCGGGGCCAAGUUUGCCGCCAACUCCUCUCUGAAGAACCAUAUGCGUCUGCACACGGGGGAGAAACCCUACCACUGCAAACACUGCGACAUGAGCUUCAGUGUGGCCGCAGCACUAGCGUACCACACCAAGAAGAAGCACUCCGAAGGUAAGAUGUAUUCGUGUCAGUACUGUGAGGCUGUCUUUGCCCAGUCUAUUGAGCUAACGCGUCAUGUGCGAACACACACUGGAGACAAACCGUACGUGUGCCGCGAGUGUGGUAAAGGCUUCAGUCAGGCCAACGGGCUCUCUGUCCACCUGCAGACCUUCCACAACAUCACAGAGCCCCAUGACUGUCAGAAGUGUCGUCUGAGCUUCCCCUCUCUGGAGGAUCACAGGAAGCACAUCCAGGAGAGCCACCCUAAGGAGUUCCACCAGUGUCUCCUCUGCCAGAAGACAUUCAGUAGCGCCGCCCUGCUGGACAAACACAAGGCCAGCCACACGGGCAGCAAACCUUUCAGCUGCAAAAUCUGCCAGAAGUCCUACCAGCAACUGUCAGGCCUGUGGUACCACAACAGGACCACUCACCCGGAGGUGUUUGCGGGUCAGAGCCACAAGCAGCUGAAGACGCUGGUCCAGUGCAGCACCUGCCCCCGCUUCUUCCCCAGCCCGGGCAGCCUGGCCAAACAUACGAGGGCCGAUCACCCAGGCAUGACUGAAGCUGACGGGCUGGUGAUUGGAUGUGACUUAUCUUCAGACUCCAGCGCGGUGAAGUGCCCGUACUGCCCUGCAUUGUUCCCCAGCGAGGAGGAGAUGCAGGAGCACGCCAGCAGUGAACACUUCAGCCAGGAGGGGGCAGCAUUCGGCUGCUCUCUGUGCCCUCUGGUGUGCCCCUCUCAGCUGCAGCUCCAGGAGCACUUCCUCUCCUGCCACAUAGGGGCGCUACAGGACGGAGAAGAGGAGGCCUCCACAUCCCAGACAACAAAAGAGCGGGAAGAUGAUACUGAGCAGCAGGUGAUCUCUUUAGACCAAUCCCAGAUGGGCGGGUCCCAGCAGCAGGUGUACGUUGCCCUGGGAGACGGGGACGGUGGCGAGACCCAAACAGAGGUGCUGGCUGUCAAUGUGGAGGACCUGCUCAAUGGAACAGUCACUUUCAUCUGCAGGGAUGGCCAGUGACCCUUGAACUUUGACCCUAACCUCUGACUGAACAGUGUUUGUCGUCAGAGACACGUGCCCCAUCACAAUCCUCAUGGGAGAGUUCCUUCCUUGAGAUCACCACAGAUAUCAUGAAUGGAUCGGUGGAAUCCUGCUUGAAUACACAGCUUUUACCAAGCCACUGAUACCUCUUUGGUUAUUUUCCUAAGGAAAUAUAAACCAAUCUGAGAACAUUUGACCACUGACAGUUGCUAUUACAAGAAUAACCUCCUUCAAUCUUUCAGACAGCAUUGUACAGUAUUUAUGAAGCUAUGGUAUUAUGUGAGAGUGAAGCAUGUGUGUCUAAUAAGCUUGAUGAUAUUUCUAAAACACUGCUGGGUGCUGUACCAGUUAGCAUCCUAAAUUUGGAUUUUGGAAGAUACAGCAAUAAUUCACUGUGUAAAGCAUAUUGCGACCCACUGAUCUGCUGAAAUCUACUUUGAUCAAAUUAUCGUAUUUUCAGAUGAUAGUCAUGUUAUUAGAGUCCCCAAAUCAAAAUGUACAACCACACAGCUACUAUGACUUUAUUGAAAUAUUAAUUUUAACUGACUCACUUCACCAUAUAUCCUGCCCACAACUGGCUGAUCUCCCCUCCUAAAUACUCAGCUUGUCAAAUCAUGAAAAAGUUUAUAGAUUCAGCCCUGAGUAGAACCAAACUGAAGGAUAUGCAUGAUUAAACAUAAAUAAUACAUUAUACUGAUUAUCCUUGCAGGUCAAGUAUAGCCAGGUUAGCCACAUUUGUAUGAAUCAGUCCACAAAUAAACUGCAGUAGUUCAUAUGAGGACAAAUGCAAACAUACCAAAAGAAACUGGUCUUGAUAUGUCUUCCAUCCCAUCAGCAACUUUGUCAAAGGUACAUGUCCAUAGAUAUACACUUUGUGUGCAAUUUGAAAGCAAUGCCAUAUUUAGAUAUUUGACCGAUAACAGAAGGGAUUAUGAAUCCAAAAAUGUGUAAAUCCUAACAAUGACAGUUAUUGAAUGAUUGAAAUAUCCCGCUUUCUAAAAUAACUACCACAGGCAUGAUCGACAAAGACAAGAUUUCAUUGGAAACCUCUUAAUAAAAUGUUGGUGUUUUGACCUUACUUUCCUUUUACAACCAUGGAUAAUUAGUGGCCCCUUUAAGGAACAACAUGUAUUAACCGUUGGGCUGUCUCAGACCCCCCACAUUGCGAAGGUUAAAAGAAAAUGCUAUUUAUUUGUUUUUGUAUUGGGUAAAAUUGGGUAAACACAACGAUGGUUCGUUGUGAACCUUUGGGUCAUGUGACCCGAAGGCAGCACAAGGGUUAA